AUGUUUGCAUUUUGUCUAGUAGCAUGGGUGAUCGGUCUAAUCACAUUUAUUGUGGGUAUAGUGGCACGUGUAAAUGGAAGUUUUGGAAUUUUGGAUUCACAUAUUCCAGCUGUACAUGCAGGUGCUAAUUUGCUCAUAGCUGUUGGCUUCUUUAUUAUGUUAAUGGGAUUCUUAGGCUGUUGUGGAGCUAUUCGUGAAAGUCAGUGUAUGUUAUUCUUGUUCUUCGCAUUCGUAUUCUUCUGUUUUACUUUGCUUAUGGCGGCUGGUUUAUGGGCUGUUGCUUGGUCGUCUAAGGUGAAUCACUACAUCUAUCGUUACUUAGAGGAACAAGUAGUCAGAUAUCGUGAAAGUGAACCAGAAAAUGAAAGUACCAAGUUAAUGGACUUUAUACAAAAGAAAUUCGGUUGUUGUGGUGUUACUUCUGCAGCUGACUAUGGUACAAGAACGCCACCGAAAAGUUGUACAGCGACAAAGUCUACACGUGUUAAUUCAAGAGGGUGUCAUGAUGUACUCGUUGAAGCGUGCAGAUCUAAUCUCUCCAUAAUAUGUGGAAUUGGAAUAAGUUUUGCAUUAAUUCUUAUAUCCGGAAUGGUAUUUUCCAUGAUGCUGUGUUGUGCUAUCCGUGAGCUGAGCUGAGCUUAGGUGAUCUGAAGACAUGCAUCAAAUUUACCUGAAGUUAAUGGAAAAUAGCAAAUAAUAAUCAUUAAUAUAACAAAGAGAAACCAAGAUGGCCUAUUAGAUGAAUUUUACACUUUUAACUUUCUUUCAAUAAUAUACACAUUCAUGUAUAAUUUAAAUUUUAAACAAAUAAAUAAUAAUAAUUAAUUAAAAUUACAAUUAUCAGUAUUCAUAAUUUAUUGCUUUUGAAAAUAAAGACAAACGGACGAACAGUAUCAAAGAUAAAUAGGUCCUUUCUUUUUCUGAAAUAUAUUUACUGCAUAGAUUAUGCUGCCGCUGCUUAUAUUAUUGUUUCUGUAUAAUUUAAAUGAACAACUACGGUAUUCGGUUAUUAUAUGCAUCUAUUAUUAAUAUUAUUAUUAUUUUUCAAAACAGAAAAGAAAUUCUGUCUGUCUGUCUAUCUAUUUACUUAUUACCUGUCCCUAUUGUCUGUCCGUCUAUCUAUCUGUCUAUCUGUCUAUUUCAUUUAUUCAUCCUAUAUAAUACCUAUAAUUUAAUCAAUGCAUUUGAAUUUGUUAUUGACUGCUGAAAUACAUCUAUAUAUAUUCUGUGACUUACUUAGACUGUUU